GGGUCAAACGUGAUAAAUAAGUAGAAUUAUAAUUACAUUUUCUCUUUAACUUUGAAUGCCAUCUUGCUGUUUUGUUGCUUGCCUAAGAAGUUAAUGAUUCCACUUACACUGUUCAAGUGAAUUUGUUUUGGAAAGGAGGGACACUUGUAUAUUUUUUCUCUAACAUCAUAAUAUCAGUUAAAUUUUUCUAUAGAGUCUUACUUUUCUUGAGUUACCCAUUUAUGUGAAGGCAAGUCUUGGAACACUAAGUUCAUUCCUCUGAACUGCACUGCAUUAACAUGGGGUUACUGAAUCCUGGAAAACAUUUUUCUGCUAUAAUGGCAUUGCAAUUAACUGAAUGCUGUUCAGAAGGCUAAUUGCUUAUUAAAGUGAUUUUUUUUCUGUCACUCAGGAUGAGUUAUAAAUUUCACCAGAGACUGAUUUUCUUUCUGAAUGUAGUAUGCCUACAAUUGCUGUAUGUUAAAUGCCAGUUGCACAAAAUUGCCAGUCUAAAUGUCCCUCUGCUUAAUUCAGAGUUUAUACACAAAGUUGAUGGCGUAUUUUUUGGCCAAAACUAAAACUGAAUCUGACAUCAUGCUAGUUCUGACACUAGAAAGUGUUCAAAGAGAUUGUAGUAGUAGCAAGAGAACAGCGGAGCUGGUCUUCCUGGCUGUUGCCAACUGCCCGCAUACUUGCUAGCUUUCCCUACUCUUUGUUGGGAACAGUGCAAAAAAGAAAUGUGAGGAAUCUCUCUAAAUAACUUGUCUCUUUAAAAAUCCACAUCCUAUGUUUCAAUUUACUUUUUCUGUAAAUCCUUUCAGGACUCUUACAAUAGCAAGGCAUCAGGGAAGAAAUCCACUUGUCAUUCUUUUGCAAGAUAAUGACGAGGGUGCUCUAAGUGUAUUAAGUCUGAACACCUUUAGCAGAAGGAUCCCCUUUGGGUGUAGUUUACUUUCCGUAGACAUGAGUGGAGAACUUGACACUAGAGACUGAUUGGAAUUGUGGCAAAGCUUUUCCUGACAGUAGUAUGCAAACUGGUUAUUCCACAACUAAGAAAACCAAACCAUGUAGCUUACAAAUGUCUCAUUUUAAAGAUUAAUCAAAUUUUGUAUUAAAUAUAAUCCAUGAUGAUAAUGCUGAUUAUAAGCUCAUGCAGGAGCAUGUGCUUCUGUUUUUGUCUAGAUGGAGAUUAUCCCUUAAUCAUGCAGGGUCCAGGUGUGCAUUUUCAGAUUUGUUGACUCAGGAAAGCUGGAGACAGCAUUAAAAGCCAAUUGCAUUGUACUGUAGCUACAUUGAGGUUGUUGCUCCUCUGAACAAGAGCUCUUGUUUGGACCACCCAGUCAAAAGAAUGGCGAGAAGAAAUGUCCUUAUUACAGGUUGCUCCUCAGGAAUUGGACUGGCGUUAGCUGUAAAAAUGGCAAAAGAUGAACAGAAGAGAUUUAAGGUAUAUGCCACAAUGCGGAAUCUGGCCAAGAAAGAGCCACUUGAGGAAGCUGCAGGUCAAAGGCUGGGCAAAACCCUUGAAAUUAAACAACUGGAUGUCUGUGAUGAACAGUCUAUUAAAGCUUGUGUGAACAGUAUCCCUGACAGAAGGAUUGAUGUCCUAGUUAGCAAUGCAGGAAUGGGAUUCAUCGGACCUAUCGAAUGUCAGACCAUAGAUGAGAUGAAAACUGUGAUGGAUACCAACUUCUUUGGACUCGUUCGACUCCUGAAGGAGAUUUUGCCUGAUAUGAAGAGGAGAAAGAGCGGACAUAUAGUCAUAAUAAGCAGUGUUAUGGGAAUACAAGGUAUCUUAUUUAAUGAUGUUUAUGCUGCAUCUAAGUUUGCCGUGGAAGGAUUCUGCGAAAGUUUAGCUAUACAAGCGCUCAAGUUCAAACUGCAGUUAAGUUUGAUUGAACCAGGCCCCGUAGUUACAGAGUUUGAAAGAAAAGUGUUUGAAGAUGGAAUGAAAAUGGAUCUUUCAGCUGCAGAUCAAGAAACAGCCGAUAUGUUUACUAAUAUUUACCUUAAAAAUUACAAACAAAUUUUUCAGAGCCUGGGGCAAAGUGCUGAAGAGGUCGCAGAGCAUACAGUAAAGGUAAUUCUUGCAGAAAAUCCACCUUUUCGCCAUCAGACCAACACCUUGUACACUCCAAUGACAACUCUGAAAUACGCAGAUCCAAAUGGAGAUCUACCCAUUGAUAUAUUCUACAAAAUGGUUUUUCAUCAUGACAAAAUCUUCAGUGCAAGUCUUAACUUUAUCAAAUUGCUCAGGUGGAGAAGUAGGAAGAGCUUUGACCUGGGAAAACCCUCAGAAUAAGUAUGAGAUUAUACAGUGCAAAUUGGAAUUGUAGCUACUGAUAACACAGCAUGUUAUUCAAAUGCCUUUGCUCUGUAGUUGUGAAAAGGCAUUCAAAAUGUUUGAGUUUAGCUAAGAUGUUUAGCCAGGAUAUUCAGCUCAAUGCAUUUUUCUUGAACUUUAGAGUUUGCAGAACCUUGAAAUUAAAAUCCUCUAACUAUAAGUUUAUUCUGUUUAGUGUUUGCCUUUUAGAGAGAUCUGUUUUCACGGGAACAUGAACAUUGACUGAUACUUGCAUAUUCAGGACUAACCCAAUCCCCUUCACUUACUAGAAUAUAAUAUAUACAGAGAUGUGCACUUUAUGUAAUUAUUUAGAUUCUUAAUACCAUAACAAAUACUUUAUCUUUUUACAGUGGUAGUAUAGUAGUGGUAGUAUAGUAAUCCCUCGUAAGAGUAUUUUCAUUUUCAGAAACCAGGUCUAUUUACCAGUAAUGUAAGAGAAAGUAUUAUCAAUCUUCAAAUGUCACAACUAAAAUAUUUAUGUGUAUAUACAUGUUAUGAUGUUCUGAAUUCUUCCUUUAUAUGCAAUGGUUACUGGCAUAUUACACAUAGUGGACAAUAAAAUGUUUUUUAAAAGCAUUUUAAAAUAAAAUAUCUUCUUACUGUC